AUAGCAACAGAAAAACAACAACAAGAGACUACAAGCCACGCGAAAUACUUCACAAACGUUGUUUAUGAUUGCAACUGUUUUAAGAAUCAUUGCUACAUGCAAAAUUGUUUUCAAAGAAACAUUGAUUACUUCAAGCGAGUAAAAAAUGGGUUGUGGGAAUUCCAGAUCAGCAACUUUAACGGGGAAGAAGAAAAGUACGAGUUUGAACAACUCGAAAGUUUUUUUACAGUCAGACAUAAAUAAUAAUAUGGAGAAAAAUGCUGUGAAAACGAAUAUUACGGAAUAUACAAAAAUGAAGCGUGAUUUAUCGGCUUCGUCAAGCAGAACAGCAGAUAGCGGAAUAUGUGAAUCACCAACUGAAACAGUCAAUGAUGGAAUAUGUAAUCAAACGUUGACUAAAGUCGAAGUUUUAAAACAUCCUUCUUCACAAGUAUCCAAAGAAGCUUGGUGUUCAAUGACACAAACUGAUGAAGAAAAGAGAUUUGAAUCAGAAACGAGAACAGACAAUGGUGAAGACCCAGCAUUAGUGGAUAAUAAUACUUUAAAACAAAGAUCAGUGACCAGAGGCGCCAUUGCAUUUGAUAUAUCAUUUUGCCCGGAGACGGGCAACAAGAAGAAAGCACAAUUACCAAAACUCAAAAGGCGAAAGAAAAAAACACUAACGAAAGAAGAAUUGGAAGAAAAAAUGAGAAAAGCCACAGAAAGAAGACAGGAACACAACAAAAAAAUUCAAGAAAAAUCACAAGUAUUUAUUCACCAGUACGAAAUGAUGACUGAAAGAAAAAAUGCUACAGCACAAGGGAAGAAUAAAUGUGAAAAGAAAAAUGACAUUGUUAUGCAUAAUGUAACCAAUGACAACAGUUCCUUAACAGUACAAGAAAUGUGAAGAAGGCACAGUUGACGCAUAAAAAGACAACAAAAUGUUAUAUGCCGAAAGAUUUGUAAAAGAUAUUACAUUUAUAGACGCAAA